AUGCCUAGAGAUGUUGGCAGUUCUUCCUCAGCAGCGGCACCUCCAGCACCAACAGGAGAACUAUCACGACGUGAAAGAGAAGAAAUAGAAAAGCAGAAAAAACAAGCAAACUAUCAAAAGCUACAUGCACAAGGAAAAACUGAACAAGCUCGUGCUGACCUCGCUCGUUUAGCAAUAAUCAAACAGCAGCGUGAAGAAGCGGCUCGACAAAGAGAACUUAAGAAAAUUGAAGCCGAAAAAAAAGCGAAAGGUGAAAAGUAA